AUGGACAGCGUACAACAGCGAAUGUCUGACGUCUACUCCCACGUGGCGGUGUCCAUCACCAUCACCACUCUCACAAAUGUCCUGGCCUUCUUUACAGGGGUAAUGACCUCCUUUAAGUCCGUGCAGUACUUUUGCAUUUACACGGGAACAACCUUGCUCUUCUGUUAUUUUUAUAACAUCACCUGUUUUGGCGCCUCUAUGGCCCUAGAUGGUAGGAGAGAAGCGGCCUGUAUGCGCAGGCUGCAAAGUAUAUAUGGCUGUUUCCAAGUGCAGGAAGGUUUAGACCUUCGACAUCUGGCAAGUGACGAUUCCUAUAUCACACCCUAUUUUAACAUCCAUGAAGAGCAUUUUUCAGAUUAUGGUCCCAUCGUGAUGGUUAUCAUGACUGAAGCAGUUGACUACUGGGAUAAAGACACUAGGCAAACAUUGGGGAAAUGUCUGACCGCUUUUGAAAACAGUGAUUAUGUCAUUCAAAAUCUAACACAGUUUUGGUUACAAGCAUAUAUACAGUAUAUGGAAGCCAACAACUUAGCUGUGGUCUACUUCACAUCACUCUCUAGGAAACUGGAAUUUGAGGCGACUGCUAGGUCAGUGGUCCCUUUGUUUUACACGGCAUACCUUCUGAUCAUGUUAUUUGCAAUCGUAUCAUGCUACAGGUUUAGCUGUAUACGAAACAAAAUGUUUAUUGCAGUCGUUGGAGUGAUUUCUGUUGCCUUGGCAGUGGUGAGUGGCUUUGGCCUCAUGUUGUACGUGGGGGUGCCAUUUGUGACAAUAGUUGCCAAUGCACCAUUUCUAAUACUAGGUGUUGGCGUUGAUGACAUGUUUAUCAUGAUUUCUGCCUGGCAGAAGACCAACAUCAUGGACAGCGUACAACAGCGAAUGUCUGACGUCUACUCCCACGUGGCGGUGUCCAUCACCAUCACCACUCUCACAAAUGUCCUGGCCUUCUUUACAGGGGUAAUGACCUCCUUUAAGUCCGUGCAGUACUUUUGCAUUUACACGGGAACAACCUUGCUCUUCUGUUAUUUUUAUAACAUCACCUGUUUUGGCGCCUCUAUGGCCCUAGAUGGUAGGAGAGAAGCGGCCUGUCAGCGCAGGCUGCAAAGGUCAGAGGGAAACCCGGACCAAAAUUCUUCCUCGCUGAUAAGGUGCUGCUGCCUCCCAUUUAGUUCUCUUCGAACUGAUGAAGAAUCGAGCAUCCAUCCAAUGAACUUGUUCUUUAGAGAUUAUUUUGGCCGCUUUCUCACAAACACUAAGUCCAAGUUUGUGAUAGUGGUUUUAUACCUUCUGUACAUCACAUUCAGUAUAUAUGGCUGUUUCCAAGUGCAGGAAGGUUUAGACCUUCGACAUCUGGCAAGUGACGAUUCCUAUAUCACACCCUAUUUUAACAUCCAUGAAGAGCAUUUUUCAGAUUAUGGUCCCAUCGUGAUGGUUAUCAUGACUGAAGCAGUUGACUACUGGGAUAAAGACACUAGGCAAACAUUGGGGAAAUGUCUGACCGCUUUUGAAAACAGUGAUUAUGUCAUUCAAAAUCUAACACAGUUUUGGUUACAAGCAUAUAUACAGUAUAUGGAAGCCAACAACUUAGCUGUAAAUGACAAAGAUAGUUUUAUAAACAACAUUCCUGGUUUUUUAGUGCAUAUUCCAAUUUUUACAUAUGAUAUUAAUAUUUCAUCAUCACAUGAGAUUACUUCUUCCUGGGCCUUCAUUCAGACCACGGGUGUUUCUUCUUCACGCAGUAAGAAGAACAUGUUAUUCCAAUUACGAAGUAUUGCCAAAAGGUGUGAGAUUCCCCUAAUGGUGUAUAACCCAGCUUUUAUCUAUUUUGAUCAAUAUUCUGCAAUCUUAGAAAACACUAUUCGAAGUGUCAUUGUUGCAACCACAGCUAUGUUCAUUGUUUCUUUAUUGUUAAUUCCCCACCCAUUGUGUUCCUUGUGGGUCACUUUUUCUAUUGGCUCUGUGAUUGUAGGAAUAACAGGUUUCAUGGGAUUCUGGCAUGUCAACCUUGAUUCCGUAUCCAUGAUGAAUCUUGUGAUUUGUAUAGGGUUUUCUUUUGAUUUUUGUGCACAUAUUUCAUAUGCAUUUGUUUCCAGUUCUAAACCCUCAGCAAACCAAAAAGCAAUUGAGGCAUUGUUUUUGCUAGGAUACGCAGUGUUACAAAGUGCACUGUCAACAAUAAUAGGAGUGUCUGUUUUAUCUGCAGCUAACACAUACAUCUUCAGGACAUGUUUUAAGAUUAUGUUUCUUGUCAUGGUAUUGGGGGCUAUUCAUGGCCUAGUUUUUAUUCCAGUAUUCUUAACCAUUUUUUGAAGAUUUGUUGGAAUAUCCACUAACAAAUCAGAGGCCAAUGAUAGAAUUCUUGACUGCCCAUACCCAGUGGUAAAAAUGCUCUUUUAA